CGGCCUCUUGCAGACUGUUAUUAUUACUUAAUUGCCCCACUAAUUUUUUAGGGGUGAAACACACCGGAGAAACCACCUAAACUAUAACCCACUGAACUUUUCCUUAAACUGCAACUUUCUUCCGUAGGAAUGUCAAUAUCAGUUCGACAAAGUCGCGGGUGUCAAGGGAAUAUUAAACAGAAGACGACUUGGUGUAUUGCGAAAAGUCUUCUAUGAUUCAACGCCGAGCCUUGUGAGGUGUUGCAGCUUUGAAGAAAAGUCGCGCUGAGGGAGUUUAGUCAACCGUUACUCGAAUUUCCAAUUCUCGACAGGCGUGCCCCGACGCGGGACACAACCAGGGAUUAACAGCUCCACACCGGUACCCAUACUCCUGACCCCCUAACACACACAUACACACACGCUGGCGGAGCAGCAGGCUUCCCAGUGCGAGUGGUGCCGUCAGACCGAUAGGCUGGAUGGCUCGCCAACUUGCAGCAGCCGGCGGGGCCGCCUCUCCCCAUUUCGCCCCACACACCGACGAUGAACAGCUGUGGACCGUUGACCCAACGCCCCCGUGCAGGCGCGCACCCCGCUGGAUGUGGGCGGCGGUCGCAGGCGUGGUGGUGGUGGUGGUGCUGGUGGCGGCUGUGAAGGUGGCGAUGACGACGGUGAUUACUGCGGCGGCGCCACGCCUGACCCUCGACAACGCUGACGGCGCCGCGGGUGUGGGACUGCUGCUGACGGGGACGCCGCUGGACGCCGACUUGCGCGGCGCAUCACUGCUGGCGGCGCAGCACAGUGACGCGGGCGGCGUGACGCUGCUGGAAAGCCCCGCCGCGACAACAACAGAGGCCGUGGCGGCGGCCUACCAGGAACUGAGACGUGAGGGCGUGCGGGUGUUUCUGACGGGCGGCGACGCGGCGCAGACAGAGGCACUGUGCCGCAGCGUGAAGCAGGCGGGGAGGGAGGCGCUGCUGGUGGCGCCCGCCGCCGACGCGGCCUCCCCCUCCUGUGGCGGCGAGGGCGGCCUGCUGGUGAUGUCCCUGGCGCCGCCGCCCGCCGCCCUGCUGGCCGCGGAGGUGGCGGCGAUGGCCCAGGGCGGCCUCGACCGCCUACUGCCCGUCCUCGCAGAGCCCACUCAGGGAUCCGCGGGGGCGGCGCCCCUCGUACCCCUCCUCACGGCCGCCGCGGCCCAGCGCAACGUGAGCGUCGCCGCGCCCGUCUACCUGGACGCCGCCCACCCAUCCACGCCGCGGCUGCAGCAGGCGCUCGCCGCGCUGCCCGGGGCCGCUGUCUGGCUGGCCGCGGGCCGACACCUGCCGCAGCUCAUGGCCAAGGUGGGGAGCGCCCUCCAGGGCCACCUCGUCAUGCUGCACGCCCACCCAUCCCACCUCGCCGCGCUGUUAGAACACCCCGCCGCCCGCGCCACCGCCGAGGCCUGCGCCGCCACCACCGUGCAGUGGGCGGGGCCCACCACGCCCGAUGCGCCCGCCCACCGCCGCCUCCUGGCCUCCCUCUCGCCUGCCGACCCGCUGGCCGCCGCCCUCGCCUACCACGCCGCCGCGCUGGCCUCCCAAGCCGCGGCCCUCGGCGGCGCCGCCAACCUGACGCAGCUGGCGGCCACCCUGCUGGGGGAGGAGGGCGGCUGGGGCGCCGCGCCCGCCCAGGGGCACGUCAGGCCGACGGCGGCGUGGGCGGCGCGUCUGCGGCUGGUGGAGCGGCCGCUGCUGGGGAAGGUGGUGCUGCAGGACUCGCCGUGGCUGCUGGAGGGCCUCAGCAGGGUGGAGGAGGAGGAGCGGGGGGCCGCGGGCUCGUCCUCCUCCUCCUGGCGGGUGAGCAGCGGCCACGCCCCCGCACGCCUGCUGGCGCGGGAGGAAGUGUGGCAGCUGGCGGAGCACGCGGGCUGCGGCGCCCUGGCCAGGGUGGAGGUGAAGGCCCACGACCCGCUCACCCACCGCCCGGUCCUCGCCUCCUGGCCCGCCCAAGCCGCCCCCGACGCCCUGCUCGUGCCCAACGCCUCCCCGCGCGGCUUCAGCGUCACGGCGAGUUGCCACGCCCACGGUGGCAGGGAGGUGGAGGUGGCGUGCCGGGGCGCCGCCGCGCACAACGAAUCCCUCAGCUGUGUGGUGGCAGAAGCAAGCAGCGGCAGGCAGCGGCGAGAAGUCAGCAAUGUUCUCUUUCCCCACGGUAUUCUCGACUUGACAUCACCCAAUGGAAAGGACACUGAUCCAUUUAUAAUCCUUCGGAAAGUCAAAGGCCUCUUCAAAAAUGCAGACUUCCUUCCCUUUCUUGCCCAGAUCGGAGGCUGCCUCGGCUCGGUGGCGGGCUGCAGCUUCUGCUUCAUCUUCAUCCUGUCGCGUAACGUAUCUGUCACCCCAGGCGUGUGCAUGGGUCCGUGUGGAGUUGGUGUAUCCGGUGCUUGUAUAUCACUGUUUGCCAAGGGCAUUGAGUACAAAAAAGGUAAUGUUGAGUACAAGAUGGUCCCUGAAACCGUGAUCUGCACGGAGCUGUUCACGCAGGGGCAGCUUUCCUGGGAGUCUUACAUCGCCGACGCCGCCUACGGGACACGGCUGGCGGGAAAAGACCCUCAGGCCCUGCGCGGGUACCAGCUGCUGGCGGGGCCCCUGGUGGCCGCCAUGCAGCUCAGCCCCACCCUCACCGGCCUGGUGAAGACUCUGGCGCGGCCCUGGAUCAGUCACAUGGAGUACGAGGAGGGCAUGGCGGCGUUCGACAACCCACUGGGGCACCUCAUCACCACCCUGGGCCUGCCGCUGUGCUCAGCGGCAGCACUGCUGCACGACCAUUUCCUGGUUGUGACCGGUCUGCUCGCCCUCACAGCAGCAAUCACCCGACUCACCCGCAAGUGAUCUUGCGAUGGCCCAAGAAGCAGAUAAAGAUGCCACAAGGCCUUGUGCUGCAGGGAUCCCUUUGGCUCGCUAGAGUGUCCACCUCCCAUCUCUGGGGCCUGGGUUCAAAAAAUGCAAGGUCGAGUGACGGGUAAAAAACUUUUCCAAAAUAUAUCAACUACUCAUGUACUUCGAGAAGUGAAAAUACCAUCCACAACACACCGCCCUUCCCUCCUGCAAAGACCAUGCCAACACAACCCAAAGAUUCCAGCAGCAGCAUGUGCCACUGCCUGCUGUGCCCCUGAGCAGCUGCAGCAGAGGACAACUGUGAUAGAUGUGCCUUAACUAUUUUUUAUUGUAGUACAUGCAAAUAUGAACUAUCACCAUCCAUAUUCAUUUAUAUUCUUUGCGUCCCAUCCCACGUACACAGUGCCAACAGGGCAGGAACAUAAAUCCCAGUGAUCCUCUGACAAGUUUAACAUUCCUCCUUGACACACUUACCCUGCCCCACGCCUCACACCCUCAGUGUAGCAUUUCAGAACACUGUCAUCCCUUGUGUGCCACUUGAAAAUAAUGAAGGUGACUCAGUAAUCCCCCGAGCUGGGUAGCCAAGACACAGAGCUCUGCCAGGGUUACAAGAGAGUGCUGCCUCUCCCCGAUAAGUUGCAGUAAGCUGGGAUUGAACUCACAAUGUCUUGGUUUCAAGCUAAGUGCCAUACCCACCAAGCCAAUUAUUUAUUAUCUAUAUAUAUUUUUUCCUAUUUAUCUACAUUUUAUUACAUGUAUAAGGUGUGCUGAUAUUUAUUGUAAAAAGUUUGCUGAACAAUAAAGUCAGAAAUAAU